GACAGCCUGAAGAUGGCUAAUUACACAGAGGCACCAGAGGAUGACUAUGAUGUCUUCAUAACGGAUGAUCCAAAGGACAACGAGGCAAGACAAUGUGACAAGUACGAAGCCCAGGUCCUCUCAGCCCAGCUGGUGCCCCACCUCUACUCCCUGGUGUCCCUGGUCGGUCUGCUGGGCAAUAUCCUGCUUGUGUUUAUCCUGGUAAAAAGGAAAGGACUCAAACAGGUGGAAAAUAUCUAUUUUCUAAACUUGGCAGUUUCUAACUUGUGUUUCUUGCUCACCCUGCCGUUCUGGGCUUAUGCUGCUUCCCACGGGGGCAGUAUUGGCGAGCCCAUCUGUACCAUCCUCGCUGGACUCUGUGCCAUAGGCCUGUAUGGGGAGGCACUUUUCAGCACCCUCCUUAUUGUGCAAAGGUAUCUGGUGUUUUUGGAGGUGAGAAGAUCUUGCUGGACCACCAAGACAGUGCCUUGCAGCAUCAUUACAAGUGUCCUGGCAUGGGUAAUAGUCAUUCUGAUCACGUUGCCUGAAUGCAUAUUUUAUAAACCUCAGAUGGAUGACCAGGUAUACAAGUGCACCAUUAGCAGAGCUCCCUUCCUGCCGAGGGAUGAGACGUCCUGGAAGUUUAUUCUGACUCUAAAGAUGAACGUUGUGGUUGUUGUUUUCCCACUGGUCAUCUUGCUAUUUCUCUAUGUACAAAUGAGAAAAACCCUAAGGGUCAGGGAGAGGAGUCGGGACCUUUUCAAGCUUGUUUUUGCCAUAGCGGUUGUCUUCCUUCUGAUGUGGGCACCCUACAAUGUUGCGCUCUUCCUGUCUGCUUUCAAAGAAGACUUCUCCCUGCAUGACUGCGAGAGCAGCUACAGCCUGGACAGAAGUGUUCAGAUAACAAGAAUCAUCGCCACCACUCACUGCUGCGUCAACCCUCUCCUCUGUGUGUUUCUCGACAAAGAGUUUAGGAAAAACCUCAGGCACCUCUUCCGUCUGCGUAUUAGCACCGCGCUUCAGCCCAACGAGGCGUCUGCACAAGGUCCGUUGAGAGACGAUUCUGGCCAAUCCACCCAACUGUGAGGUGGCAUUCAUCAAU